AUGAGAGCCGCGCGGCUCGCGGCCCUCCACGAGCCUGACGCUGAAAAGGCGUUCUUCGUUGCGGACCUCAGUGCCGUCUAUAGACAGUUCGAGCGCUGGAAACGUUGUCUCCCUGAGAUUGAACCUUUCUAUGCUGUGAAAUGCAACCCGGACCCAUACGUCCUCCGCCUGCUCGCCGCUCUCGGCACAGGCUUCGACUGCGCCUCCAACGGCGAGAUCACAUCCGUCCUCAAAGCAGGCAUCGACCCCAGCAAGGUCAUCUUCGCGAACCCUUGCAAGGCUACGUCGUUCAUCAAGUCCGCCGCACGCUCUGGUGUCGACAUGAUGACCUUCGACAACUUCGACGAACUCUUCAAGGUCGCGCGCGUCCAUCCUUCGGCGAAACUCGUCCUUCGUAUCCUCACCGAUGAUUCAAAGUCCCUUUGCCGCUUGGGCUUGAAGUUUGGGGCACCGCUCGCGAGCGUGCCAGGCUUGUUGGCUAAGGCUAGGGAGCUGGGGCUCGACGUCAUCGGGGUUAGCUUCCAUGUUGGGAGCGGGUGCUAUGAUUCCGACGCAUUCUCCGAUGCUGUGAUGCGUGCCCGCCAGGCCUUCGAUUACGGGAAGGAGGCGGGGUACAAGUUCGAGUUACUGGAUGUUGGAGGUGGUUUCGAGGAUGGCAAUUUCGAGGCCACGGCGAAGGUGCUGAGGGAGGCGGUAGAGACGUAUUUCCCUGACAGGAAGAGGGAGGGUAUCAGGGUUAUCGCCGAGCCGGGGAGGUACUUCGUGAGCAAGGCCUUCAGUCUUGCGGCGAACGUGAUCGCGAGGAGGGCGCCUUUGGAGGAGGAAGGAAUUGCGAAGGUGGCGGAUAAGGAGGGUGAGCCGAGCGUGAUGUACUACAUCAACGAUGGUGUCUACGGCGCCUUCAACUGCAUCCUCUUCGACCAUCAAGUAGUCCAUCCCUACGUCCUCUCCCUCUCCGGAUCCUUCCACAUCCCAGACCCAUCUUCCCUCCCUCUCCGUACCUCAUCCGUCUGGGGCCCUACGUGCGACUCCAUCGACUGCGUGUGUCCUGUUACGAAGCUCCCCGAAGCCCUUCAGGUGGGCGACUGGCUCGGGUUCAGCAAUAUGGGGGCGUACACCGUUUGUGCGGCUAGUGGUUUCAAUGGAUUCGAAGUCAGCAGGGUCGUUUAUACGACUGGUGGUGGUGGAGGAGGGGAGAAGGAGGUUAGGGCGGCGUUGAAAGGGUGGAGCGAGAAGGAGCUGCCAUGCUGA